AUGAUGGGAAUAUUGUACGAGAAGAGGCCGCUAAAGAGGCCGCGGCUGGGUCCUCCGGACGUUUAUCCCCAGGAGCCGAAGCAGAAGGAAGACGAGCUCACCUCCACUAACGUAAAGCAUGGUUUUCCGACUAUGCCCCAGCUCUCGCACGAGUUCGGCACUGCUAGAGAUUCCAUUGUCACCGCUGCCAAGGUUGGCGCAUACUUCAACGCUAUUCUCGCCAAGAAGGAGGAAUUGGCGACAAUGCCUGAUACUGGUAGAAAAAGGCAGCAAAUCAAUCCUAAGGACAACUUCUGGCCAGUAACAGCCAGGACGAAGAAUGGAAUCGAGGCUUGGUUCAAGGAUCUGUCUGGCUGCAAACCGUUGGUUACUCUUGCGAAGAAAGCACCAAAUUUUAAUAAAAAGGAAGAAAUAUUUAUGAUGCUCUGCGAAUAUCAAGUGCCGAUGCUUAGAGCAGCUUGGUUCAUCAAGCUCAGUUCUGCGUAUACUGUUGCAGUGUCAGAAGCUAAAAUCAAGAAGCGGCAACUACCUGAUCCAACUACAGAAUGGACAGGUACACUCAUAAAAUUUCUAAAGGAUCAAUUGUCAAAAGUACAGGAGUACUAUCAUAUGGGCAAUCAUGUGGCUAGUACUAACAACAAUAAUAGUACACCAAACAAUUCCUGCAGUAAUAAUGGAACUACUGGGACGAACAAUAGCAACAACAGCUCCAGCAACAAUAAUAAUGUCAAUAAUAGUAAUGCAAGCAAUAGUAACGGUUCCACCAAUAAUCAACCACCAACACCUACUUCAAGCAGCCAGCCUAUAAGUGGCAGCACAAUGAACGAGGAACACAAAUUGGCUCUGAAGCAGUGGCAUUACUGUGUGCAAUUGGCCAAAUACAUGUUUGAGGAAGGCUUACUUGACAGACAAGAGUUGCUACAGUGGAUCUUAGAAUUGCUGGAUAAGAUUAGAUCCUCUCCUUCUGAAGACGGCAUACUGAAACUCCUGUUACCAUUGGCUCUGCAAUAUCUCGAAGAAUUUAUACAAUCUGAACUGUUAGCUAGACGACUGGCGUAUCUGUGCUGUCGUAAGUUGGCACAUAUGUGUAGCAAUGUUGAGACCAAUAGCAACCCACAGAGUCCGUCCAUUACGAAGAACGAAGUUAAUGGCAGUAAGGAGACAGCUGUUACUGUCCAAGGACCGCCAAAUCCCUUAACUGUUGCUUUCAAUGAUUAUUUAACUUGCGCACAUCACAGAGAUGUAAUUUAUAGUUUGUCAACCAUAAUACAGGUCAUCACACUAGAAUGUCCCACAGCAUUGGUCUGGAACAGCGUCGGCGAGGGGAAGGCGCCGUCGGUUUUGAAUGGAUCGCCCUUAGAUUAUUUGCCAUGUCCACCCGCAGCUUUACCGUGUCCUCCCGCGAGCUCUGGUAAUCCCACAAUGAAACAGCUCAAGAUCGCGCAGGAAAAUAUAAGAGCCCGAUCACAAGCGGCGGAAGGUAGGUGGUCGUGCGAUAAAUGGCAACAGAGCAGUGCGGGAAUGACGACCACCAAAGUGCUAGCCGCACUAGACGCCCUCGAUCGACACAGUUUCGACAAAAUGGACGCUGCCAAUUCGCUGGACACGUUGUAUGCAAAAAUCUUUACACCACCCCCGAAAGAUAGCUCUAAUGAACGUGACGCAAAGACAGAAUAUAAUCCACAACAGGAUUCGGCAGUAGUUGAGAUUUUGUGCGAAUGGGCCGUGAGUGCCGAACGUUGGGGCGAGCACAGAGCGAUGGCAGUCGCUAAGCUUCUCGAAAAGAGGCAAAGCGAGGCCACCGGUGAAACUAACGAUAAUGAUGACAAAGAUAGCGUGUGCAGUAACGGGAGUCCGCCUGUAUUACCAAUUUUCCAACCGUUGCUCAUGAAAUUCUUGGACGUAGACGCACCGGUACUGGACAAUACCUCGGCUCAACCCAAGGCUCAGUUUACGAAUUUAGUUCAUCUGUUCUCUGAGUUAAUAAGGCACGAUGUAUUUUCGCAUGACGCGUACAUGUGUACUCUCAUCUCAAGAGGUGAUCUUAUACAAGGCUCAGUAGCCAGCAAACCUGGAACUCCCAGUAAUAGGGAGCCGAUCGAUGAAGAUAGUUUGUUUCCUGGUAUAGACUUAAAACCUACUAAAUUGGAAGUGCCAGAUCACGGACGUACCAUGGAUUACGAUGAUAGUAAAAUCGAUGAUGAUUUAGACAAGUUAUUGCAACACAUUAAAGAAGACCAACAAAACAGUAUGGAUGCACCAGAUAGCCCCAAGGAGGAUGCGUUAACUGGUCAUGGUGGUCACGAGAGCCUCGAUUCGAAAAUGCCAUCAAGUCAUAGCAGACAUUUACUGUAUACCACUCACUUCCCAUUACCACAAGACGAAACGUAUAGUCAGCAUGAGUGCAAUCAACGGCAUGUAUUACUGUACGGCGUCGGACGCGUCAGAGAUGAAGCCAGACACGUCGUCAAGAAGAUGACGAAGGAGGUGUGUAAACUGUUUGGCAAGAAAUUUAGUAUCGACGUCGCGGAGGGAGGCAAAGUGAAGAAACAUUCUCGAAGUGAAUUCAAUUUCGAAGCUAUCACUAUGAAAUUUCAAAAUCUAAGUUAUUUCGACCAACAUGUCGUGACGUGGCAGUGCGCGACACAAGUGAUCGAGAUGUUGAAUACAUUCGCAUUAGCCGGUUCAUCUUAUUUACCAGUACAAGAACACGUGGCCUUCCUAUUCGAUCUCAUGGAGCUGGCGUUGAAUAUAUACGGCCUAAUCGACGUUUGUAUACAAAUACUGAAAGAACUACCAGAAGUAGAAGCACAGUUAACAGCUAGAAAUAGUCAAUUAGUACGAAGUUAUACCACAAGUUUGAGUUUAUACGUCGUCGGAGUAUUAAGAAGAUACCAUUGCUGUUUGUUGUUAUCACCAGAGCAGACGACAGCUGUGUUCGAUUUGUUGUGCAAAGUGGUAAAGCAUGUGUCAAAUCCGAGCGAUUGCAGUUCCGCCGAACGAUGCGUGUUGGCGCACUUAUACGAUUUAUAUUCGUCGUGUUCUCUUCUGAAGACGAAACCCCACGGAGUUGAGGCGUUCAGCAAUGCUUACCCGAAAAUCCGAACUGCUUUAUAUAGCGCAUUGCAGCCAACGCCUUCGAGUCACGUUUAUAAUUCGCAGUUUAUGGUGGACGUCUUCACCAGUCCGCGAAGAGGCGGCAAAAUUGAGCCGCAAUGGGCGAGACAGCUGAACGAGACUCCGGCUAAUCGCUAUAGUUUUGUUUGCAACGCGAUCGUCGCGGUCUGCAGCGAAACGGACAACGAUAAGUUGAACGAUAUUGCUAUAACUUGCGCGGAACUCACUGCUUGUUGCAAUGCACUGAAUGCCGAGUGGCUGGGAGUACUCAUGGCGCUCUGUUGCUCCUCUAACAGUCCUGCUUUCUACAUCGACGUGUUGAAUCAAGUUGAUGUGCAAGAUUUGAGUAUACACAAUUCUCUGGCUGUAUUCACAUCAAUUCUAAUCGCAAGGCAUUGCUUUUCGCUAGAAGACUUUGUCGUGCAUAUAGCGCUACCGUCUUUGGUGAAAACUUGUAAUGACGGUCGUGGGGACGUCGAUAUGGAAGCGGAAGCGGGUGCACGUUUAACCUGUCAUUUAUUGUUAAGACUCUUCAAGACCGUCGAAUGCCCGCAACCAGCCUUGUAUUCCGUUAGCACAAGCCCUCAUCCACUGCCAAGCGGAAAUUCACGGGGUUACAGUAUCAAACUGAGCUGCGACAGGCAUUUAUUGGCGGCAGCGCACAAUAACAUAAGAGUAGGUCCAGUUCUAGCUGUACUGAAGGCUAUAUUGGUUGUCGGGGAUGCUACGGCUGGUAAACAGCCUCCGAAGAAAGCCGAUGUACCUCUAAGUCAUUCUAGUAAAGGAGGCGGCCCCGCCAGUGUUGGAGUUGGGGUCGGUGUGAGCAGCAGCGGACCCGGUGAACUAUCAAUCAGCCAUAUCUUGGGGACCAGCGAUAUCUUAGGUGGCAACGACGAUCUCGGUCUCGACUUGGCUAUGUCUUCAUCCAGCAGCAGCGCCGGAAUGACAACGGAGAAUGUGAAAGGAUUUUCCGAUUUUGCUCAUCACGUCCUCCGACAGAUUUGCAGUCAAGAGUGGGUGUUGGAACGAUGCUUGCAGAAUCCAGAAGAGCUCUGCCAUCAGGACAUGUUGCUGGAUACAAUGUUAACACCACGGCAAGCCCAGAGAUUAUUACAUAUGAUUUGUUAUCCUGAGACCGCGACUGAGGCUUUCAUCGAUCAAAAGACUCAUAUUACCAACAUCUUGGAAAAUUUGGAGCAGUGGAGCUUGAGAAUGUCUUGGCUGGAUCUGCAGCUCAUGUAUAAGCAAUUCACACCGGGCUCCAGCGAGCUCUCUCAAUGGUUGGAUACAGUCGCGAAAGCCGCGAUCGACGUCUUUCAGUUGAAUAACACGUUGAGCAGCAAACCCGACAAAAAAUCAGGUUCCAUAUGGUUGGUGGCUCCGCUGGUCUCCAAAUUGCCGAGUGCGGUGCAAGGUAGAGUUCUUAAAGUAGCAGGACAGGUGUUAGAGUCCGGUAAUUGGUCCAAGACAGCGGGACGCGAGAGAGGUAGAUCAAAAUCACCAUCACUGUUCAAUCAUCAACCGUUUCUGUCGUUGGUACUGACGUGCUUGAAGGGUCAGGACGAUCAACGAGAGGGCUUACUGACGUCGUUGCACUCGCAACUCUCGCAGUUUCUGAAUACGAGUAAGGAGGAGAAACAUAUCGGCUCCGAGGAUCCCAAAACGCGAGAAGUACUACAAGACGCGUUACAAUUACGAUUCAGUCUGGUCGGUGGCGUGUUCGAUACCAUACAAAGAAAUACGACCGCCACGACAGAUUGGGCGAUUCUGUUGGUUCAGUUAGUCAGUUACGGUGUUAUAGACUUAAACAAUAACGCGGAACUGUUCACAACCGUUAUAGACAUGCUAGCGACAUUAAUCCAUUCAACAUUAGUGUCAGAUUCGCAAUCCGAGAAGGACGAAAAUAAGAAGCAUUAUCAAAAUCUGAUGAAGAAAUUGAAGAAGGAGUUAGGUGACAGAAAUUCCCCAAGCAUUCGUUUCGUUAGACAACUCUUACCAUUACCGAAAUUGACUAUGGAAGUUAUCGCAUGUGAACCAGUUGGAUGUUUGACCGAUACUAAGGGCAACAAGAUUGCCGGUUUCGACAGUAUCGAUAAGAAGCAGGGUCUGCAAGUAUGUGAUUCACAAAGAGUAUCAGCGUGGGAACUCCUGGAAGGUCAUAAGAAUCCCGCACCGCUUUCCUGGGCCUGGUUCAGGGCGAUCAAAUUAGAACGCAAACCGCUCACAUAUCAAAACGCGCAUAAAUUAUUGCGUUACCACACUCACAGUCAGAUACGUCCAGCUAAUCAUUAUCUGGAUCCACCGCCGUUACCGCCGGAGGAUCUGGAACCGGACAAGAAGGAGUCGGAACCCGGCAAAGCGGACACGCCGAUGAGUAUCGACUCUCCAGGAAGAGUUGGCAGUAACGUCAAUAACGCCGGUGUUGGUAAUACCGGCACCAACGGCAAGGGAAAAGCUAUGAAAAACAAACGGCACAAUAGACGCACUAAAGCUGCUACUCCUACAACCCCUAUAUCGCAGCAAAUACAGCAACCACCGUCUCAGAUGCAACAAAUGGCAUUCGGCAAUCAACAAGCUCCCGUCGCACAACAACCCAGUAUGUUCACCGGACAACCACCGCAGCCUCAACAGCAAUGGUAUGCUAAUCAACAGACACACACACCAGCGCAACAGUACGGAUAUGGACAACAAUUGCAACCUACGCAAGUCAGUGGACCGCGUUACGAGAGACAGGGAAUGAAUCAGUCCAAGCAGGCUCUAUCUAAUAUGCUGCGGAUGCGGAUACCGGCCACGCAGUUCAUAGGAUCGCAACAACAGCCAAGUGCCACGCCGGUGACUGGGCCGGCUGCAUUCCAAGGUAUGCAGAGGCAACAAUUCAUCAGGCAACAACUGAGAGCACAGCACGGGGCGCCCGGAAUGAAUCCGCAGCAGGGAAUGUUUGCAGCGCAACAACAGCAACAGCAACAACAGCAACAAGGAAUAUACCCUGGAAUCCAACAAGGCAUGAAUCAGAACUACGCAGGAUACGGUGGACAGCAAAUGAUACAGCAGCAACAGCAGCCGCAACAACAGCAGACGCCGCAGCAGACGCAACAGCAGCAGCAGCAGCAACAGCAGCAGUUGUUGCAACAACAACAGCAACAGCAGCAGGGCAUGUUGAAUCAACAACAAAAUAUGAUGUUCCCUAAUCCACAGCAAAUGAUGGGCCCACAAAGGGCCCAAGAAUACAUGCCACAACAGAGAAUGCAACCAGGUGCUACGAGGCCGACGUAUUUACAGGCGCCGAACGUAACGAUGAACGCAAUGGGACCAAUGGGUGGAGGUGUUCAGACUCAACCGGCUCCUCCUUACCGGCAAUCCGCUGGGAAACCAGGUGCAGUAGGUGUAGCCGGAGUAGGAACGACCAAUGUUAGCUUGCAGCAGCAAAAUCAGCAAUUCCAGCAGCAACAGCAAGCGAUAAAUCAACAGCGCAUCAGGCAACAGAUGCUGGCUAUGCAACAACAGCAGCAGCAGCAAGCGCAACAACAACAACAGCAACAAGCGGCUCAACAGCAGCAGCAGCAACAGCAGGGCGGUGCUGGCGGGCAACAACCGACUCCUCAACUUGUGACACAUUUGCAGAGGCACCUGAGUCAACCACCGCAACAUUCCUAUCAGCAUCAGCCACCACCAUAUUAAAAAAAGCAACAAUACGGAAGAAAAACUGUACUUGUUCGACAUAAGCGUAAAGCAACAUACAGAAAUGAUGAUGAGAAGAGAUUCGGUGAAUUUCAACUUUAUUUAUGGAUUGUGAUCAGCGUGAGAGUGAGUGAGACAGUGCCUGUGCCACGAAGCGAGAGACACGUCUCAGGUUUUACAGUUUUUAAGACCCUUCAAAGUUGCUGCAAUUUUUUACCAGUCAAUAUUUUACGUAUUUGGCGCCUGUCGAGACGCUAUCGCGCGCACGCGUCUCUUAAUAUAGCGGACAUAAAGAAAUCACGGUAUUCUUCGACACUCACGAAGAGACUUAAACCGAACUUCGUACUUCGAGACUCUUUUUAGUAAGCGAAUGUUUUGAUAAUUGCGAUUAUCGUGGCAUUUCGACCACACGAACGGCCUUUGGUCUGAAGCGAGAGUGGAGUAAACCUCUAAUUGAUAAGGUCCACUUUAGAGGUGACGUCAUAUUUAACCCUAGAUAAGUAACAUUAUUUUAUGUCUGUUAUUAAUAGCGCUGAGCAAAACAUACUCGCAUACCAUAAAAUUGCUUUUGAUGAUUUUCUAGAUUUUAGAACGAAAACAGAUCGUCAUACAUACAAUUCAUAAAAUACAAUUUUAUACAAGAUUUUUAAAAUGAAGUAAUUGAUCGAUUAAUGAUCAAAAAGUCAUAAAUGAAUGAUUAAAAAUAAUCGGAAGAAAUAAAUUGAUACGCUAGUAUGAAGAUAAUAUUAUGGAGAAUAAACCUUACAAAUUAUUGAUUUACACCACUUUUGCUCAAGGAUUCGGUUAAUUAUAUAUAAUGAUUUAUACGAUCGAGAUCUUUUAGAUGCCAAAAGUCACGUUUUAAUAUCUUAUUGACUCGCGCGCGCGCCCGCGCGCGAUAUGCUUUCUCGUAGUGAAGCGUUAUAAAAGAAUUGUAGACUGUAACAUAUUUUCCUUUUUCUUUUUACAUAGAUUCUCAUAAAGUAUUAUUAUUAUUAUAUUAAUAUUAUUAAUAUUAUAUUUUUAUCGUAUACAUUAGUCCAAAGUAUUGGCGAAUAUAGCGUAAUGAACAGCAUAUAGUACAAGAUCAUGUGUACUGCAAUUUGUAUCACAAAAUAAAUUUAUUGUUACUGUUAUCCGACUAUUUAAAUGCUUCCUGUAUAUAAUAUUUUUUACAUAGAAUUGUACAUUGAUAUAUCGUAAUAGUGUAUAGUAGAAAUACAAGCAAAUGUAUUUAAUAAAUGCACUCUCAAUAAACAGUUCAAUACAACCGAA